UUGUGCUAUGUUAUUUCUCCAAUAAGCUAAUCUUGUACCGAGGGUCAUUUAUUGGGUUCCUUCACUCAAAGACAACACUACCCACUUGGGGGCUUUGGGAUGUACCAUUCCCUUCCGCUUCUCUCCUCCAUUGGAACAAGAACAAGAGAUCCCAACAUGCACACGCCUCCAUAUAUUCUCGGUACAAAUACCAAAUCCACACAUCUGGAGCUAGUCUUGUAGUUGUACUUGUGCCCCCUCUAUCUCUCUCUCUCUUAUCUCCCAUGAUGCAGUUCACUGAGAGUGCACCACCCCCACCCCCACUCAACCUCAGUGGUCUAGGCCUGUGCCUCGACCUGACCGCACCCAGAGCCCCCCUCCACCGGCCCCGGCCGUGGCCCGGCUUCCCGACCUCCGCCAAGUCACUCGGCAGCUUCAACGCCGCCGGCUGCAUGGAGCAGCUGCUGGUCCACUGCGCCAACGCCGUGGAGGCCAACGACGCCACCCUCGCCCAGCAGCUGCUGUGGGUCCUCCACAACAUCGCACCACCCGACGGCGACUCCAGCCAGCGCCUCAGCGCCGCCUGCCUCCACGCCCUCAUCACCCGCGCCUCCAGGACGGGCUCCUGCAAGAUGCUCACCGUCGCCGCUGCUCGUGCCGAUGCCGACCUUUCCCUCCACACCCACCGCUUCUCCGCCGUCGACCUUGCGAGCUUCAUCGACCUCACUCCGUGGCACCGAUUCGGCUACUCCGCGGCCAACGCAGCCAUCGCCGAAGCUGUUGAGGGUUUCCCCGCCGUCCACAUCGUCGACCUCGGCACGACAUACUGCAUGCAGAUCCCCACCCUCAUCGAUCUACUGGCCAGCCGCCCCGAAGGCCCGCCGAUCCUCAGGAUCACCAUCCCGAGCCCUACAGCUACCACCGCCCUGCCGCCGCCUAUUCUAGGCCUCUCUUAUGAUGAACUCGGUGCAAAGCUGCUCAAUUUCGCAAGGUCCAAGAACGUAGCAAUGGAAUUCCAAGUCAUCCCUUCGAAUCCGGCCGACGCCUUCGACACCCUAAUAGAGCAAUUGAGAGUUCAACAGCUAGUCUCUGAAGGCGAGGCCCUUAUCGUCAACUGUCAGAUGAUGCUGCAUUACAUCCCGGACGAGACCGCCUGCGCAAUCUCUUCCACCAUGAGCAUGCCCUCGUCGAUAUCCCUUCGAACAGUGUUCCUCAAGGCGCUACGCAGUCUCGAGCCGACCUUGGUUACACUUGUGGAUGAGGACGCUGACUUCACGGCGAGCGACGUGGUUGGGAGGCUAAGAGCAGCAUUCAACUAUCUGUGGAUACCAUAUGAUGCUGUGGAUACGUUUCUUCCCAAGGGGAGUGAGCAGCGGCGGUGGUACGAGGCCGGGGUGCGCUGGAAGAUAGAGAACGUGAUCGCCCAUGAGGGCUUGGAGAGGGUGGAGCGGCAGGAGCCCAAGGGGAGGUGGGCGCAGAGGGUGAGGGCGGCGGGGUUUCGUGGGGUGGGUUUCGGCGAGGAGGCGGUGGGGGAGGUGAAGGCGAUGCUUGACGAGCACUCGGCGGGGUGGGGGCUGAAGAGGGAAGAGGAAGACUUGGUUCUCACUUGGAAGGGCCACAACGUGGUGUUUGCUACUGCUUGGGUUCCUUCAUGAGGAUAUAUUGGCUACAUGGAUCAAGCUUUUGCAUCAUUUUAGGAACCUUGAUCGACGUCAAAACUUAUGGAGGAUAUGUUGAGCAAUCAAAUUGUCGAGAUAUAAUUCAAUGGAUUGUUAUUUUUACUUUCGUUUUGUUGGAAAACAACAUGAACUUUCAAAGGUGGGUGGUAGGCGAUUUUCUAAAGACUUUGACAUAUCUUUAUGGUUAUGCUUGUUAUGAUACUAAUGAUAGAUUCAACAAAUCCCACUCUUCAAUUCAAUGUAUCUAUCUCAUUCCUUAA